CGGAGAACUGGGGCUUGACUGAGUCCAUGGACCAUUUGGCCCACACUGUGUCACUGUAAAGCCUGCUCUGCAUUGCUGCCAAUUGCUGCUGGUGGCGUUGUGCCCGUAAGUCUCUGUAACGCUGUCUUCAGUGACUCGAGGGCAUGAGCACCAGCCUCGGGCAGACUGGCUACAGAAUAACAUCCACGUUUCGCUCCAGAUCAUCGCCUCCUCCCAGGGGGAAGGAAAUGGCUGCAAUGGAGCUGGCUCAGGGGCCGGUGACUUUCGAGGAGGUGGCUGUGUAUUUCACCAGGGAAGAGUGGGCUCUGCUGCACCCCACUCAGAGAGCCCUCUACAGGGAAGUCAUGCAGGAGAACUAUGAGAAUGUGACCUCGCUGGGGUUUCCAGUUUCCAAACCUGAUGUGAUCUCGCAGUUGGAACGAGGGGAAGAGCCGUGGAUCCCAGACCUCCAGGGCUCUGAGAAAGAAGUGCUCCUGAGAGGUGAUGGGAUGGUGAGUGAGAAUGAGGAGAAACCCCAGCAGGAAGACGCUGAGCAAGUAGAACCACAUGGGACGUUAUCAGGAAGAUCCAAAGGGAAUGUUUCCGGGAGUUGUGCACUCCGAGAAAAAGCAAAAGCCUGUGAGACUCAGGAGAGGCCAGAGGAAAACUUCAGUAGCCACUCAGACCUUAUAAUACAUGACAGAAUCAACUUGGAAGAGACACGCUACAUGUGCUCUGAGUACGGGAAAAGCUUCAAUGGGAACUCUGCCCUUAUCACACAUCAGAGAAUCUACACAGGAGAAGUGCCCCACACAUGCUGUGAGUGCGGGAAACGCUUCAAUCACAGCUCUACCCUGAGCAGACAUAGGAGAAUCCACACAGGAGAGAGGCCCUACACAUGCUCUGAGUGUGGGAAAAGCUUCAGGCGGAGCUCACACCUUAUCACACAUCAGAGAAUCCACACAGGAGAGAAGCCCUACACAUGCUCUGAGUGCGGGAAAAGCUUCAGUCACAGCUCUGCCCUGAGCACACAUAGGAGAAUCCACACAGGAGAGAGGCCCUACACAUGCUCUGAGUGCGGGAAAUGCUUCAGUAGGAGCUCACACCUUAUCUCACAUAGGAGAAUCCACACAGGAGACAGGCCCUACACAUGCUCUGAGUGCAGGAAAAGCUUCAGUCAGAGCUCAGACCUUAUCAUACAUAGGAGAAUCCACAGAGGUGAGAAACCGUAUGGAUGCUCUGAGUGCGGAAAAAGCUUCAAUCACAGCUCUGCCCUGAGCACACAUAGGAGAAUCCACACAGGAGAGAUGCCCUACACAUGCUCUGAGUGUGGGAAAAGCUUCAAUCAGAGCUCUAUCCUGAAUGUACACAGGAGAAUCCACACAGGAGAGAGGCCCUACACAUGCUCUGAGUGCGGGAAAACCUUCAGUCAGCGCUCAAACCUUAUCAAACAUCAGAGAAUCCACUUGGAAGAGACACGCUACACAUGCCAUGAGUCCGGGAAAAGCUUCAAUGGGAACGCUGCCCUUAUCACACAUCACACAAUCUACAUGGGUGAGAAACCUUAUGGAUGCUCUGAGUGUGGGAAACGCUUCAUUGAUAGUUCAGCCCUCAUCUCACAUCGGCGAAUCCACACAGGAGAAGCGCCCCACAUAUGCUUUGAGUGCGGGAAACGCUUCAAUCACAGCUCUUCCCUGAGCACACAUAGGAGAAUCCACACCGGAGAGACGCCCUACACGUGCUCUGAGUGCGGAAAAAGCUUCAGUCGGAGCUCACACCUUAUCAGACAUCAGAAAAUCCACACAGGAGAGAGGCCCUACAUGUGCUCUGAGUGCGGAAAAAGCUUCAGUCGGAGCUCACACCUUAUCAAACAUCAGAGAACCCACACAGGAGAGAUGCCCUACACAUGCUCUGAGUGCGGGAAAAGCUUCAGUCGGAGCUCACACCUUAUCUCACAUAGGAGAAUCCACACAGGGGACACGCCCUACACAUGCUCUGAGUGCGGGAAAAGCUUCAGUCAGAGCUCUGCCCUUAUCACACAUCAGAGAAUCCACACAGGGGACACGCCCUACACAUGCUCUGAGUGCGGGAAAAGCUUCAGUCAGAGCUCUGCCCUUAUCACACAUCAGAGAAUCCACACAGGAGAGAGGCCCUACACAUGCUCCAAGUGUGGGAAAAGGUUCAGUUGGAGCACAUGCCUUAUCAGACAUCAGAGAAUCCACACAGGAGAGAGGCCCUACACAUGCUCCAAGUGUGGGAAAAGCUUCAGUUGGCGCGCAUGCCUUAUCACACAUCAGAGAAUCCACACAGGAGAGAGGCCCUACACAUGCUCUGAGUGUGGGAAAAGCUUCAAUCGGAGCUCAAACCUUAUCAUACAUCAGAGAAUCCACACAGGAGAGAGGCCCUACACAUGCUCCGAGUGCGGGAAAAGCUUCAAUCAGAGCUCUGCCCUGAGCGCACAUAGGAGAAUCCACACCGGAGAGAGGCCCUACACAUGCUCCGAGUGCGGGAAAAGCUUCAAUCAGAGCUCUGCCCUGAGCGCACAUAGGAGAAUCCACACCGGUGAAAAACCAUAUGGAUGCUCUGAGCGCGGGAAAAGCUUCAAUCACAGCUCUGCCCUGAGCACACAUAGGAGAAUCCACACAGGAGAGAGGCCCUACACAUGCUCUGAGUGCGGGAAAAUCUUCAGUCAGAGCUCACACCUUAUCACACAUCAGAGAAUCCACAUGGGCCAGAUAGCAAAUCCCUUGAAUAGGGCUGGACAAAGGCUUAUGCCAACGGGAGAUCCGCACGACUCAUGUCUGAAGUGUCUAGGAGAGUCCCACCAGACAGAUAAGUGCAAGAUCUGUAAGGCUUUCAGACAGAGGACCAAAAAGGAGCGGGACUUUAGGCUCAGGCAGCUCCUCAUGGAGGCGGCACUUAGCCCAGAUCCUCCCUCGGCGCGCCAAGUCCCGGCACCGAGCGCUUCGGUGCGCAGUGCACCUGCGGCACCGACCGGUACUACACUGCGGGCAGACGCGGAUAAGGCCUCACGGCACCGGCCUCCUUCGGCACUGCGGCCGCCACAAGGGCCUCGGCGCCGUUCCCUGUCUCCGGGGCAUAAGAAAUCCCGCAAGACACAGGAGACCGCUAUCCUGCAGACACCAGCUCCCCCGGUACUGGUGGUAGAGCCGCGUCCGCCUUUAGAGCACCAGAAGUCGCAGAUAUCUGCUACACCGUUGACUCCGGCACCGGGGCUGUUGAGUCCGGUGCGGACUGGCUCACCGCCUCGAUCAGUGGUGGAGCCCUGUCUCCCGUCGACUCCGGAGACCUUUGCGACAGCGAAAGACCUUAUUGCUCUCACGGAGCCGGCGCCAUCUCAACCCACGGCACCGCCCGCUCCUCGCACAGUGCAAUCCAGGGGCAAGCCUGCCCUGGUACGCCCGCCGUCUCCGGGCGUGGACUCGCGGCACCGCUCCAGGUCUCGGAGCAGGUCCCGACGCCGCUCGCAGUCCCGGCGCCGACUAUCACCCCGGCACCAGUCGUACUCGCGGCCUAGGUCCUCUUCACGGCACCGGUCUACGUCUCGGCACCGUCAGGAUCAUCGGUACCGAUCGGAAUCACGACGUAGUUCUCGGCACCGGUACGAGCGCCGCUCCCGUUCGAGGGGCCGCUCCCGGUACCACGUCUACAGGCAGUCGUCGUCGUCUAGGUCCAGAUCCGGAUCCCGGCACCGACAUGGCCAGCGGCACCGAUCCCUAUCACGGUACCGCUCACCGGCACCGCGCAGGGACCAAUCGCCUACGGACCGGCACCGAUCGGCACCGUAUCGGGGCAUGGAGGCUCCCGUGCCUACACCACCUCAGGCCCUGGACCCCGGGGCAGGGGAUCCUCCGCUUCAGGGACCCUUAGAACAGGACCCUCCUUUAGACCCCUUGCCCCCGGAGGCAUCCUCCUCAUCUUCCCCGGAUGAGGCGGUGGCGGGCACAACAGCCUCGGGCCCGCCCCCAAUAGAUCUUCAUGCCCACCAGGACCUAUUACGUAGGGUGGCGCGUAAUAUGGACCUCCAGGCGGAGGAGAUAGUAGAGGUGCAGGACCCGGUGGUGAGCAUCCUGUCGGCUGAUGCCCCAUCCCGGGUGGCAUUACCACUAAUUCGGACGAUUCAGGCUAAUGCCACUACCAUAUGGCAAACUCCUACCUCCAUUCCACCCACAGCCAGAGGGGUAGAGAGGAAGUACUUCGUCUCCUCCAAGGACUAUGAGUAG